AUAAGUUAUAUUAAUCAAUCAAACAGUAGAGUAGUAAUAACAAAAUGAUUCAUUCGUACAUGAUAUGAAAUGGGAGAACAGUUAUUAGUUAGUGCUCCAGACGACGUACGGCCCGGUGGCUGUGAUUCACCCGCAACCUUCAUGUAUUCAACCGGAGGCUUCUCGAUCGAGUGAUUGAAAUGGCAGCUGCUUCGAUUUAAGAGUACCAGCUAGCAGUCUCAUUGUGAGGCGGAGACGUCAAAGCUAAAGACCCGAGUGGCAGAGACAUUUAAGGACAUGAUUGAGUAAGAAGUCAGAAGAAAGGUUGCUGCAGGCAGCAGCGGAUCGAGAAAAGUAGAAUUGCCCUGCAGCAACGGAACUUUGUCUUGAGAGGGAAGUAACUAAAUGCAGCCAAGGCAGCAGCAUUUGGAUUAGAGGUCAUUAUUCAUCCCCGCGCGAUGCAUGUUUUUGUUGGUUAUGCUGCUUGCUCUUGGUAAUUGUACGUGUGUGUGUAUAUAUAUAUAUAUAUAUUAUAGAAUCAUGAAUAUGAUGUAAAUGUGCUUUGCUUAAUUGUCAUUUCUGGUAUGUUUCUGCCUGUACGUGCGACUACGUUACAAACACGAUGUAUUCAACAUAAACGCUUGAAAAUAUCAUCGUUUAUCACGGCUCAUUAAAAAGUAAAACCUACCCGUGCAUAUUGAGUCAAGUGAGAAAUUAUUUGGGUUGGGUCCAGACGGUGAUGAUUUGGGCUGUUGGACGGGCCUCAUGUCGAAGAUUCGGGGGCUAGAAUCCUCCAUUUUUAAAGCGAAGUGGGAGCGCAAAACUUACGCUACAGUUGGACGCCAGCUCAAUAGCCCCCCCCUUAAAUAAUUCUUUUUUCAGGAAAAACAUAUAGAAAAAAUCCAACAUCCUCACGCUGCGUCUGCGUCUGCACUUGCGACUUGCAACCUCUUUUUCUGUUCUUCGUCCGAUUGGACUGAUCACAAUCAUAUUUUUAAUUUUUUUUAUUGAUUAUUAUUUACUGAUAUUUUGGAUAGUGAAAAAGAAAAGUAGAAUUAUAGAGUACACAGAACAUAUCUUAUAUACCCAUAAAAAAAUCAAAAAUCAAAUCGUAGGAUGAUAUCUGAGGUGUGUGAUGGGGAUGGGGAUUGGCAGCUUCUUCUUCUUGUAUCCUGAUGAUUUCUGACGAUCCCCGACGAUCAUCUCAACUGUGAAGAGGAGGCGGAAGAGCAAUGGCCGAUUACGCACCUUCGACCUGGCUUUUCAUUUGCUGCAUUCGAAAUUCGACUCCGUCCACUCGACAGAGUGAGAGAGAUUGAUUAAGUUAUUAUGCCAAUGGAGGAGGACGCAAUGCCAAGCAGCAACCAAAAGCUAGGCCGAAUAAGAAAUGCCUGCAAUCCCAUUAAGAAAACCGGGCCUGUGACCAUGGAUCACGUGCUUUUGGCCCUGGGAGAGACCAAGGAGCAGAGGGAGCUCAGAAUCCGCACUCUCUUUAACUUCUUUGACACCGCAAAUGUUGGUUAUUUGGACUAUGCCCACAUUGAAGCCGGCCUCUCUGCCCUCGACAUACCCUCCCAGUACAAGUAUGCCAAUGAUUUGUUGAAUGUCUGCGAUGCCAAUCAAGAUGGCCGUGUCGACUACCAAGAUUUUAAGCGCUACAUGGACGAUAAAGAGCUUGAGCUCUAUCGUAUCUUUCAAGCAAUAGAUGUCGAACAUAAUGGUUGCAUUCUGCCUGAAGAGCUCUGGGAUGCACUUGUAAGGGCAGGGAUUGAAAUUGAUGACGAGGAACUUGCACUUUUUGUUGAGCGUGUUGAUAAGGAUAAUAAUGGUGUUAUAACAUUUGAAGAAUGGAGAGAUUUUCUUCUACUUUACCCUCAGGAGGCAACCAUUGAGAAUAUUUAUCAUUAUUUGGAAAGGGUAUGCCUUGUUGAUAUUGGGGAGCAGACUAUUGUCCCAGGGGUCACCAGUAAGCACGUCCAUGCUAGUAGAUAUUUGAUUGCUGGAGCAGUAGCAGGGGCAACAUCACGUACAGCUACCGCUCCUCUUGAUCGUUUAAAGGUUAUUUUGCAAGUACAAACAAAACGAGCUCGAAUUAUGCCAGCAGUAAAGGAUAUAUGGAGAGAAGGGGGCUUAUUGGGCUUUUUUCGUGGCAAUGGAUUAAAUGUCUUGAAGGUGGCUCCUGAAAGCGCCAUCAGGUUCUACACUUAUGAAAUGCUGAAAAGAUUUAUUGUCCAUGCUAAUGGUGAAGAAGAUAAGGCUAAUGUCAGCACUGCAACUCGCCUUGUUUCUGGUGGCUUAGCAGGUGCUGUGGCACAAACUGUGGUAUAUCCCAUGGAUCUUGUUAAGACACGAAUCCAAACUUAUACUGGCGAAGGCAGGAGAAUUCCAAGUCUUACAACUCUGUCUAGAGAUAUAUGGGUUCAGGAGGGACCCCGGGCAUUUUAUAAGGGUGUUGUCCCAUCUUUGCUUGGGAUUGUCCCUUAUGCUGGCAUUGAUCUUGCUGCUUAUGAAACAUUGAAAGAUAUGUCCAAGAAAUAUAUUGUGCAUGACGGGGAACCUGGUGCUCUUGUACAAUUGGGAUGCGGGACAGUAUCAGGAGCUCUUGGUGCAACUUGUGUUUAUCCGUUACAGGUUGUCAGGACAAGAAUGCAAGCGCACACUGAAUAUAUGGGAAUGGGUGAUGUAUUCAGGAGAACCUUCCAACAUGAAGGGUUAAGAGGAUUCUACAAAGGAAUAUUUCCUAAUCUUCUUAAAGUAGUUCCAUCUGCAAGCAUUACUUAUAUGGUUUAUGAGUCCAUGAAAAAGAGUUUGGAUCUGGGAUAAAAGAAUUAUGCAGCUCCAAACAAUGACCACCAAGUAAGUUGCUGAUUAUAAAGUUGGCAAUGAUAUCACAUGGUGAAUGAAUAUUUUGAAUAAGGUUCCCAACUGAAUAGAUCAAAUCAUUUUUUUUAGUCAUAGACUCGUAGCAUAAAUAAUAGUGCUAGGCAUUAGGUUUCGUGAAAGGGCAAAAUUGGCUUGCCCGUACAGAUGGGUGUCCCAAAACUUGUAUUAAGCCUUUUAUGCAAUGGGGCAGUGUUGUAUUGUACCACCCCACCCCAAACGCAGUGUGUAGUUUGAGCAUAACUUUAUAUCUCUGGUAAAACCAUUUUUGGCCAUGUUAUGUAAAACUAUGGGUCGAUUGGAUUAUUUGAAGACCGGUGAAAAGGUAGGUUUAAGAAGCCGUCUGUGCCAUUUCACAGUUUCAUUGAUCAAAUUGGUUGAGGAGCACUAGUUUUGAUGGCUCAUUGUUUCCUAUCAAUUCUCGUUA